UAUUGCCACUGCUCAUUCUAUUUAAUUUAACCCUUCCUCUUCGCUCCCUUCUCUUCUUUCUUAAUAAUAUGUCCUAGCUAGCUCCUUGGAUUCAUACCAUACCAUCGAUCCUUUUAAUUCCUUCAUUCUCUCCUUGGGGAUCCUGAUAUCUUGUUGAGGUGCAACUACAAUGGAGGACGAGGGCAUGGAUUUGCCCCCUGGCUUCAGAUUCCACCCCACGGACGAAGAGAUCGCCACCCACUACCUCACACCGAAAAUCCUCGACCAUGGCUUCACUGCGAGAGCCAUGGGAGAGGUGGACCUCAACAAGUGCGAGCCUUGGGAUCUUCAGAGCAAGGCGAAGAUGGGGGAGAAGGAGAUGUACUUCUACUGUCACAGGGAUAGGAAAUACCCUACCGGGAUGAGAACCAACCGGGCUACCAAAGCUGGCUACUGGAAAGCCACAGGAAAGGAUAAGGAGAUUUACAGAGGCAAAGGGGUCCUCGUCGGCAUGAAGAAGACCCUUGUUUUUUACAAAGGAAGAGCUCCCAAGGGCGAGAAGACCGAUUGGGUCAUGCAUGAGUUCAGGCUCGAAGGCAAGAAUUCCCUCCCCAGUCUCCCCAAAUCUGCAAAGGAUGAGUGGGUUGUUUGCAGGGUGAUCCACAAGAAUUUAGGGGCGCCGGUGCUUAAGAAAAACUCUACGUCGGAUGAGAUCGUGCAGUCUACCACUUUGCCUCCCCUAAUGGAUCUCCCCAGUUACCUCGAGUACUCCGACAUGAUCGGCAUGCCUGGCUCAAGCUUCCUCGAUCAAGAUCAGGUAGCAGCACUUUUUGACUUCAAAGGUUUCGAUCAGAACCAGCAGCAGCAGCAGCAACAGAUGGCGAUCUCAAAUAUUCCUCUUCCUCCUCGUGAACAGUUGGGCUGCUUGCACCAUGACGAGGCAUUAACGCUCAGGGCUCUGGCUGCUGGGAGCAAUUACGAUGAGGAAGCUGCAGCAUCCGGUGCCAUGAUUAAGAGGCACUGCAAGGUAGAGCAGUGCUCGAACCAAUCCUUGGGCUGCCCUUCGCAGGAUACGGGCCUUAGCACUGAUCGCAACACCACCGAGAUCUCCUCUGUCCUGUCGAGGCAUUUCGAUGAUUUCGACGACUGGACGAGCUAUGCAUUCUACGGUUGAACUUAAUUAAGAUUUGGUUCUUGAUUCAUAUGGUAGCGUCAUUGAUCUUAUUGCCAGAGCAUGGGUAUUAUGCAUGCAUUCUAAUAGGAUUUAUAUACUCUCAAUUGUGUAUAUAUAUAAAUUGAUCUUUUAGUUCUUAUUUUGGAUUUCUAAACAGAUUUAAGUCUCUUAAUUACUGUACGUGAUCAGAAGCUGUGAAGACUAAUUGAUGGAGUUUUACUUCUUUUGUAAUUGCUGUGAUUUGUUGUUUUAAUUAAUGAAAAUAAUUAAUGGCCUUGCGCA